AUGUCAGGCUACGACUUCUCCCCUCUGUACCACGCCGCCCACCUCGCCUUCUCCCCGGGCUCCACCUUCCUCGCCACAGCUCACGAAAAGCGAGUGAUUAUUCGCUCCACAAACAACCUCGCCAUCGUGCGCGCAUGGCACCUCGCCUCGCUCGCACCGUCGGACUUGGUCAGCUCGGUCCAGUGGUCCGAUGAUGGGCUGUACAUCCUCGUUUUCUCGAGGAGUGCAGGAGUAGCUUGGGUGUUAGGCCUGGGAGCUGUCGGAGAAGGGGAGGAUGGUGAAGUGGCCAAGAUCAUGGGAGGUGGUGUAGAGGGGUUAGAGAGGGUCGAGUGGGCCAAGGGAGGGAGAGAGGUUCUUGCGUGGGGAGAACAUGGGCUGAAGCUUCUGAUCUACACAUUGUCCACUGGGCAGACCAGCGCCAUACAGGAUCCCAAGGCUUCCACUGGAUGUCAUAAAUACUCGCCUGAUCAUCGGUAUCUUGCUGUAGCCGAACGUCACUCAGGUAAGGAGAGUGUCGGGCUGUACGACACUGCCGAUGGCUAUGCCCUCGUCCGUAACUUUAGUCUACAAGCUAGCGACGUCCAGAACAUCAGCUGGAGCCCAUGUGGUCGUUUCAUUGCUGUUGUGGAUAGCCACUUAUCCUAUUCGGUAUACAUCCACUCGCCGAUCGGUCCCCUCCUCACACACUUCUCACAUCUCUCCCCAACAUACUCUCCUACCCCAUCAGCAUUAUCCACGACCCCAUCCGGGCCUUCGUCAGCCGCAACGAUCAUACACGAAGACCCGGGACUGGGUAUCCGACACCUGGAGUGGGUGCCUGGAGGGCAGUAUCUGCUACUGUUGGGCUGGGAUGGGAAGGUGCGCGUACUGGAAGCUGAGGAGUGGCGGUGUAUGGCCGUCCUGAAUGGCGGAAUGCCUAAAGUUGGGAAGAAUGUGACUGUCUGGCGAGAACCUGAGGGAUGGAUCAAGGACACGCGGGGAAGAGGUAUUGUACAGUUUGACCAGACACCUUUCAACUCGCCCUUACCGAGUCCUACCUCAUCUGCUGUCGGCGCAUAUUCGACGCCCUCGUCCCCCUUGCCACUCUCCAUCUCACCCUCAGGCCGGCAUUUCCUCCUCCUACCGCCCAAUCAGCCCACAGUCAUGCACAUCUACACCCUCAUCCCUGCCCCAGGCGCCGCUCCGUCAAUCAAGCACAAAGCUGCCGUAGUGUUCUCGCGGAACAUACGGAGUGCGCGUUGGGCUUCGGGCGGGAAAGAGCGGGUCGGGGUCGUCUGUCGGAGCUCUGGGGGUAAGGGACAGGCUGGUACAGCUUUAGGCGGGGGAGGCGUCUACAUAUGGGACGAAGAGGGCUGGGAGAAUGAAGGCGAGACAAAUGGAGAGGAGGGAGGGGCGAGGGGAGGGGUCAUGGAGGGUGUCGGAAUACCAAACGGCGCCGGCUUCCACAUGAACGGCUUGCAGUUCUCGCCUGACGGAACAACGCUCGCUCUACAGUCAAAGGGAGAGUUCUGCUUGAUGUACGAUACGGAGGAUGACGCCGAGGAUGUAAAAGGCGGAGCCAAGGCAGGUGACGAUGGCGCACAGAAGGGGUGGGAGACCGAGGGGUUGAGCUUCGUGCGAGAGGAAGAGGAGGAAGAUGAUGGCCGGUGA